CAAAUUCCCGCCUUGACUAAGUUUUUAUUUGUUCAAUGUUUAAAAAAAAUUGAACAAUAUAGCAUAUUACGUUAUAAUUAUGUGUUCAGCAGAAAUGAACUCGUUCUUAAUGGCAUUAGAAGCUGUAAAACAAGACUACACAUGUCGUGCUUGUAAACAAUUGUGCAAGAAACCGGUUACCUUAAUGUGCUGUUUUCAUUACAUUUGUGAGGAACAUUUUGAAGAUUUAACAAAAUGUCCUUCCUGCGAUAUACCAUUACUAGACAAACCUAUUUUCAAAGAUGAUCGUCUAGAUGCCAGUGUCAAAUCUACUGUAGAGUUAGAUAAAAUAUUUUCACCAUAUAAAACUGAGACUAGCACUAUACAUUUAUCUAAAGAAAGUUCCAUUAGUAAAGUAAAUAAAAAUGCUAAGAAACAUACAAUAAAAACUAUGGAAAAAGAAAACAGUAAAACAACAUUACAUAAGAAAGUUAUACCUGAAAUCCCAAAUACUUCUCUUCCAGCAACGGCUACCAGUUCAAAGUUAACCAGAAAAGUCGAGAAACGUAACAAGAAAGGUGAAACAGCAUUACAUGUGUCUUGUCGACUAGGCAAGACUGACAGAGUAAGACAAUUACUCAAUGAUGGUGCAAAUUCGAAUACAAAAGACAAUGCUGGAUGGACACCAUUACAUGAGGCUGUUCAAAGUGGUAGACUCGAUUUAGUGAGAUUGCUCCUUCAAUAUAAUACCCUUGUUAAUGUACCAGGUCCUGACAAUGAAACGCCAUUGCAUGAAGCAAUUAGGUACAACCAUAGAGACAUAGUUUAUUUAUUAGUCACUCAUGGGGCUGAUUUAGAUGCUAAGAAUAGUAAAGGAGAAACUCCAAUGCAAUUAGCUACUGGUGAAUUGAGAAAAAUCUUAGAGACAGCUGCAGAAAAUGUAAUACAUUCACAAACUGCUAAUAUAUCACAUAUAUCUUUAAUACAAAUGGAACUAGAUUUUGAUGAUAUACAUAUAUAUUGCGUCUCCAAAUAUAAUCCAAUACAAAAUAAAUUAAAAACAUUAACAAAACAUCAUAAAAAUGUCCACAUAGAGCCUAAAUUCACUAAAAAAGUUACACAUUUAAUUGUGGAUGCAAAUGAGGGUAUUUGUUUGCCAAAUUUAGAUAUUUUAAAAGGCAUAAUCUACAGUAUUUGGAUUCUAUCCACUGAUUGGGUGUUAAAAAGCACCGAAAAUAACUUGGAGCCGUUUAUUGACCAUGAAAUCAAAGGUGUUGGUACAAUAAAUUUUAAUGGUCCUAAAAAAUCUAGAUAUAAUAAAUACAAACAACUUCCGGGUCUUUUUAAUGGGUGUCACUUUUAUUUAUACAAUUUGAACACCAAUUAUGAAAUAUCAAAGACACUUAUUUUAAACAAGACGAUAUUGUCAAAGUUAAUAAUAGAUGCAGGUGGGGUAGUCCUAAGAAGAAUUCCGAACCCAGAAUCAAUCCCGGAAACGGAGAGAUUGGUGCCAUACCAUGCUAAAAAGGGUGGGAAAUUAGAAAUAUGUUCACACUACAUCAUAUUUAGAGAUAUGUAUGAACCAAUGUAUAAUAUGAAACAUUUAAAAGCUUUACCUAUUGGUUGGCUAUUGGAAUGUAUUGAAAAAUAUGAGUUAUGUGAACCAGAGUAAAUGUUACCAGACUACUUCUAAUUUUUGAUAUAAUAGCUGAC